CGCUGCAGAGCUUCCGCUUUCCUACUUCCGUACACAAAGGCUCGGUGAUGACGUGUACACUCCAGUACCGUUAGCUAGCUAGCUUAGCUACCUGUCAGAAUAAAGGCGUUUUAAAAUAAAGUAACGUUACAAAGCAAAGGGAAACACAUCGUUUCAACAAAUCACGGAAGAUGGAGUCGCUGUACCAUCAGACAAACAAGCAAAUCCAGGAGGUGCAGUCUUUUAUGGGCAAUCUGGAGAAGACGGAUCGUCAGUCAGUGCACUUGUUAGAAAAUGAACUGCAGGCUAGAAUCGACCAGAUCUUCAAUCAUUUAGAACGCCUUGAGAUCCUGGCCAGCAAGGAACCACCAAACCGCCGCCAGAACGCCAAAUUGCGAGUGGACCAGCUUAAGUAUGACGUCCAACACCUUCGGACUGCCCUACAAAAUUUCCAGCAUCGACGCUAUGCCAGAGAGGCCCAGGAGAGAGACAGGGAGGAACUCAUGAGCCGUACCUUCACGACCAACGACGCCGAUACCUCCAUCCCCAUAGAUGAAACCCUACAGUUAAACUCCAGCUUGCACAACGCACACAGAGGCAUGGAUGACCUCCUGGGCAGCGGCGCUGGCAUCCUCAACGGUCUCAGAGAUCAAAGAUCUACACUGAAGGGGACCCAUAAGAAGAUGCUGGAUGUGGCCAACAUGUUAGGGCUGUCCAACACAGUGAUGAGACUGAUAGAGAGGCGAGCCACCCAAGAUAAGCUCAUCAUGAUUGGAGGCAUGCUGUUGACCUGCGUCUUGUUGUUCCUGGUAAUCCGAUACCUGGGCUGACCACCAUCCAUCCACAGCCCGGUUUUUGAGCAGUUGUGGACAUUUCUGCCGCACAUCAUCCCUCAUGAUAUGAAAAGUGGCAGAACUGAAUUUUUUGCAUCAGAUUUAAGUAAAGAUUUUUAAAAAGAAAUUGUGCCAUUAAAAAGUUUGUUUCCCAUCAUUUUAAUUAAUUUGGGCACCUGUAAAAUGGCCAAAAAAGACCUCAAUUACAUACAGUAUUCCACUUGAAACUCUCAAGAGAGAAUUGAACUUUAUAAUAGGUAUGCUGCUUUCCUCAGAUUACUGCCACACAUCCCUACUCUAGUCUUUAUCGAAACCCCUCUGAUACUGUCAAUCACUGUACCCAAAUGGCAUUUUAAAAAUCCUACAAACUGAUCUUUAUACUAUACUUGCCUUUGCCUCCAGUAAAAAAACAAACUGUUUUGUUCCUCAAUCUGUCAUUAGUAAUGUCAGUGUCAUUCUGCAUUGUCAAGCAUGGUUCAGAGACAGAAAUAAUAGUGUGGAAAUACUCAUAAUGCUCCAUGUUUUAUUACAUUGCAAAUUUAGUAUUACUCCCUGGAGAAUCUUUGUUUGUGUAGCUAAGGUUAUACACCAGAGAUAAACAGGUUGGCAACAAGGAUCAAGCUGCAAUUAUUCUGUAAUUCUUUUACACCUUCUCUUGCAUUUAUGUGUGGGUCUAGCCUCACUAUGUGAGUGAUUUAAUUCUCUUAACAGAAUAAAACAUGUUUCAUUUCCUUGGUA